GUACGUUCCAGGUCCAGGAAUUGGAUGUCCAUGGGUUUGUAAGAUUUCUUCAGCUUUGUAUGGACCGUAACCUCACGGACAAAGGACAGUUUAAAGUUUGGGAUACUGAGAGGUCUUCACUCCCUGUAAACUGGCUGGAGAAAGUCUGGUCUGAGCUGCCUGAAUCAUCUUUGGAGCACUUCAAGGAUUUACACCUCGUGCCAGAGAAACAUGGCAAGUACUACCACCUUCAUAGACUCACAGGAUUGUUUAUUGUGAAGUCGUUCUGUUCACACUCCUUACCUGAGGCCAUUUGUAGAUCUAUGGCUCAUUUUUCUGUCACCGUUUUACCUGCCUUGCCUUCCUCUAUGGCAGAGCAUUCAGAAGUCACCAAGUACAUACACAUUCCAACACAAGAUGACUUUCUGAACUUGCUCGAUCGUCUGUACACAAAUAAUUAUGCCUACUUACAGAGUUUCAACGCUUAUGCUGACAAAGAAGAAAGAUAUUCAUGGAUGAAAUAUUUAGAAUAUUUGAACAUUAGAAAAUAUGGAGAAAUGUCUCUGGAACAGAUGAAGAUUUUCAUAGAAUUCGGAAACAGUGGCUACACUUCAAUCAGCCAGGUGGAUACACUAGCUCCACAGCUUGGGUAUGACUUUCCUGUAAAAUAUCCCUGUCGUCUACUGUCCUCGUCAGAUAGUUGUCAAUGUAGGGUUGCGCAAAACCUUGGAGCUUCACAGCUAACAGAAGAAGCUGCUAUGGAGAACAUAUUGUCUGUAAAAUGGCAUACAUACUCUGACGAUGACCAGAAGAAACUGAUGAUGUAUUUUGUCAGAAAAAUUCACCAGUUUAAAAGAAAUCCUGUUUUGAUGGGAUUGGCAAGGGAAGUUAAAUUUGUACAAACUUUUAAAAGAGGUUUACAGAAACCAUCUGAACUGUACGACCCCUCUAUCAAGCGAUUGAGAGAAUUGAUAGGGGAUGAGUCCAUGUUUCCAGCAGGUCAAUUUUCUUCAUCAGAAAUUCUGGUUGGAUUACGUGAUUUGGGACUACAAUCGUCCAAUCCAUCAGGUAAGCUGAUCUAUAGCUGUAUUAACAACUUGGACAGAAAAGUGAAGCAGGGACACUCAUCAAACUUGGAACAAGCAGAGGCAGUGAACCAUUUUCUAUCACAACAGUUGGAACUUUUGAAUCACUACUCAUUGAUGGACAAAAAAUUCUUGGUGCCACAGAAGAGAACCUCUGUUUACCCCACCGCCUUACCAUGGUGCAGAAGCACACAUGAGCUGUGCGCACCACGAGAAUGUCUCCUAGCAACCACACGGAAUCAACGAAUAGUUGGGUCUGUCAUACCACUCGUUUCGGAAAAAUCUUACAGUUAUUUGAAGAAUCCCUUCCAGUUACUUCAUCCGCGGGUGACAGAUGUGCUGAAUCAUCUGUUGCAAAUCCAGCGAAAUUACGAGGUAAAGUACAAACCUGACUUGCUACCAUGUAUCAAUGAAGUAUACAACUUUCUAGCGGAAGCUAUUUCGACCAGCUCAGAUAUAGGAAGGGAGAUACAAGAUUUCUUUUCAAGAGAGCCUUUGGUUUGGACAGGGGAAACGUUUGUAGAGGUAACAGAUGUUUACACUUCUCACAAUCCCGGAGACAUCCCCUUAGAGCCCUACAUGUAUUGUCUACCAAGAGAGUUUCUAUCUAUCAAACAAUUCUUUGAGGCUAUUGGCUGUCAUGACAAGCAGACCGUCGACGUUCUUCGUAUUGUACAGGGAAAAAUCAAAUAUAAGCAUGAUGGGCAAACAUGUGAUUCUAAGAACGAUGUGGGCAAAGACUUGAACAUUACUGUGCAAAUACUGACGAAAUACAAACAGGAUCCCAAAUCUGUUGCACACCUGGAUAUUCUGUUUCCUGUCCAUACAGGAUCCGAGACAAGAUUGCAGCUCAUGUCUGCUUCCGAGUGUAGAUACAGUAAUGAAGAGUGGUUGAAAGUGAUCGCAGAGGAGGAAGAAGAGACCAUUUAUUAUGUACACGCUAACAUUCCAUCACAUACUGCUCAGGCUCUUGGUGUUCGUUCACUGACAGAGGGCCUGCUGACCGAUACAGAAGCAAUAGAACCUUGUGGACAGCAUGAAGACCUUACAAGAAGAAUCAAAGGCCUGCUUGAUGGUUAUACGGAUGGUUUAUCUGUUCCAAAGGAGAUUGUUCAAAAUGCUGAUGAUGCCGGGGCCACAAAAGUUUGUUUUCUUUACGACGAACGUGAAAACAUGGACGCACGAACACGACUGAUAGAUGAAAACAUGUCUAGUUUCCAAGGUGCUGCUCUUUGGGCUUACAAUAAUAAGCAAUUCACUGAGACUGAUUUACGUAACAUCACAAAACUCGGUGGAGCAACCAAACAGGAGGACGACACUAAAAUCGGGAAAUUUGGAUUAGGGUUUUGCUCUGUGUACAAUUUGACGGAUGUCCCAAGCUUCAUCACAGGCACUGAUCUUGUCAUUUUUGAUCCUCACUACAGAAAUUUAGGUCGUGCUGUUAAAGGGAAGGAACCAGGCAUCAAAAUCAACCUGAGAAGUUUGCAGAAUCAGAGGCUUGUCAGAAGAAUGAAAAAUCAAUUCAAACCGUUCAAUAGAGUGUUUGGUUGUGAUAUGACCAUGGGAGAAGACCUUCAUUCAUAUGAAGGAACACUGUUUCGGCUUCCUUUAAGGACAAAUGAACAAGCAGGGAAAAGUGAAAUAAAGGACAGCGCCUACUCCAAGUCCGAUAUAAAGGAACUACUGCACAUGCUGAUGGAAAAUGGUGGAAAUAUGUUGCUGUUUACACAAAAUGUGACAAAAAUAGAAGUGUAUCACCUGCCAGCUAAUGCCACAGAUCCCAGCCAGAGCACUCUGAUUUAUACAGCUACCAAAAACAUGAUAGACUCAAAUCAUCAAAGCAUACAGAUUGCAGAUACAUUUAACGUCCUGAAAGAGGUAUCGGCGCUGUAUUCACCAGUCCAACACAGACAAGAACAUGUACCCGAAGUACAAAAAAUAAUUCAAGCUGACAUCAACAUUCAAGUGGAAAAAGCUGCAGAACGCUUCAUAUCUUAUACAGUGUCAGAGACGCGAUCGUGCACUCGAUGGAUUAUCGCCUAUGCAACAGGCACUUCAAAAAGUCUGGAGAUCUCAAAACAGGUCAAGGGUGUUUUAUCUCUGGCAGGCGUCGCAACGCCAAUCCAGAUAAAUGGAUGUGUUGUCAAGUUAACGUUGUUGGGUAACAUGCCAUUUGGAUUUUACAAAACGGGUCAUUAUUUCUCAUUUCUUCCACUACCAAUACAAACAGGACUGCCCGUACACAUCAACGCUACAUUUGCUGUAGCGCCAGAUAGACGCUCAAUUAUGUGGGGAACAGAGGAUGAUAAGACUGAACUGUUUAAACCUCGGUGGAAUCAUUCACUAAUGACUGACGCAGUUCCUAAAGCUUAUGUCUGUCUUCUUGAGAGUUUGCACAAUUACAACAGUGUCAUUGAUGAGGAAUACAUGAACAUUUGGCCUAUUUAUCCAGCAUGUUCAAGUGAACUGCAGCACAUGCAGAAAGCAUUUCUGACAACAAUUGUUAAGGAAAACCCAAGAGUGUUUAAAAGACAUGACAUAUGGGCAAGAUAUGAAGACUGUAGGUUUAUGGAUCCAGAACUUAUUGAAUCAGACGUGGGAGAUAUUGCCUUUAACGCAUCAAUUCGUUUCUUGGAAACCGAAAAGGACGACAGUACAAAAAUUAUGAGACUGCAAAAGAAGCUGGAUGCCUCCUUCAGCACUGCUGGCCUUGAAAGUACCAUCAAGACAAAAAUAUUUUCGACAGAGAAUUUCUUCACAGAAGUGCUUUUUCCACACAUGCUGUCAGAUUUUUGGCAAUCCAGCGAAAGAAACAUGCUUGUUAUGUUUGCUGUAGAUAAUAUGACUGAGACGACUACCAAAAACCUGCUUCUAAACACAAAAUGCAUUCCUUCAGAACCGACAGGAGAAUUAAAAUGUCCAAAUGACCUGAUACAUCCAGAUAGUAAGCUAAAUAAUUUGUAUACAGCAUGUGAAGGACGGUUUGUACAUGAGGAAAUGAUUAAAGCUGGCAUCAGGAACAGAAAGGAACAGCUGGCAGACAUCGGGAUGAUAGUUGAAACAUUGCCAUCACACUUGGUCGUUGACAGAGUGGAGAGUGUACUGGGUUUGUCACUGGAAUGUGACAAGUGUGCAAUAGAAAGGUCCGUCACCAUUAUUCAAUACAUCCAAAGAAAAUGUAUGUCUGAUAUUUUGCUUAUUGAACAACUCAAAGACAUACCAUACCUACCAAUUCUGAAGAAACCAAAGGACUGGACUUUCCUAUGGGGAGCAGACUGUCAAUUGUUUGAUACCUAUUUAACUACCACGAACAAAGUAAAAGUCGCCAACUGUGACCAUGAGAUUAAAGAAAAUGUUCAGUUUGCAAACCCAAGAUGUCUUUAUCUGACCUCAACUCAACAUCUGGUUGGUUCUCAGGAGCUUGUUAUGGAUGUGUCUUGCUACAAAGCAAUGGUUUCUACUGAAUUACUUUUCUCUUGUUUGGGCGUCCAUGGAGAAGACCGUGAUACCAUUCCUAUUGAAGUUGUUUGCGGUCAUUUGAUUCAACUUUGUGAAACCACUGACCCAGUUAUGAUGGCGGAGAAAACCAAACAGCUGCUCAAGACGAUUUGCAAUGAAGUUUACUCUUUCUUGAGUAAAAGAAUAUCCAACGAAACUUUUUCUGAAACGGAAAUGAGCUACAUUACUGAUUUAAAAGAGCACCCUGUUGUUUUCUGCCACAAUGUUUUUGUGAAACCAAAACAAACUGCACUCAGCAUUUUAACUGAUUGCGAACCUCAUCUAUUUGGAUUGCGGACCCAUCAUCUUGGAUCAAAAUGCGAGCAUCUGUUGCGUGUUCUUGAUAUCAAAGGCAAAUUUACCACAGAUGAUAUUUUAAAUGUCAUGUUGGAAAAGCAAACUUGUAAAGGAGAAGAGCAGCUGACAGAAGAUGAAUUGGAGCUCUACACCAAACUCAUCAAAGUCUUAGUUAAGUGUAUGGAACGUGAACAAAUUAAUUAUCGUGGAUUAUGUACAAUCACAGAUGAUGAGGGUGUUUCAACACAAUUGUGUAUUCCAGAUGUGAAAGGUGUCCUGACACCAAUCAAUGAGUUGUGCUUGAAUGACAAUGAGAAAAUUAAAACAACUGGUACAAUGAAAUUUGUAAAUGGAAAAAUUGGUCCAGAUUUCGCCCGCACACAUGGUGUAAAGGCCAAGACUAAACAACAUUUCUCGGACAAUACUAAAAAAUUACCUUUCGGACAAAAAGAAGAAUUGACUACAAGAAUAAAAGAAAUUUUAAGAGGCUAUCCAUGUGAUGAAGGAAUCAUGAAAGAACUUCUGCAGAAUGCUGAUGACGCACAAGCAACAGAGCUUCAAUUCAUCAUAGAUGAUAAUACCUACCCUGACGAAAGAGUGUUUGAUGAUAAAUGGAAAGCAUUACAAGGCCCUGCUCUUCUUGUUUAUAAUGAUAGUAUGUUUAGUGCCAAGGAUAUUCAAGGAAUCCAGGACCUUGGGAUAGGCAGCAAAGGGGCCGACCCAACAAAAACUGGCCAGUACGGUGUGGGGUUCAAUGCUGUGUACCAUCUAACGGAUGCACCCUCAUUCGUCACAAAGGGUCCCAACGUUGAAGGAGGGGAAACAAUGUGUGUCAUGGACCCACACUGCCAAUUUUUAUCAGAUGCUACUGAAGAACGACCUGGAAUUCAGUUGAUGAAUCUAGAUGAACACAGAGAUUUAUAUCCAGACGUUUACAAGUGCUACCACGAAGACAAACUUUUGACAAGCAAAGGCACAGUUUUCAGAUUCCCACUUCGAGCAGAUGAUAAAACAAGAAAGCAUUUAGCAGAAACAAUGCCAUCCGAGAAGCUUCGGUACCUGCUGAAGACAUUUGAGAGAGAACUGUUAGAAGCAUUGCUUUUUGUUAAUUCUGUUAAGAAGAUUUCCCUGUCAGCCUUGACCAACUUUCAAGGUCACAGGGGUUGAAAUAUGUUAAGAUCUUCAAACAACUUCUCAAUAACCAAAAGGCCCAGGGUACUGAUAUUGGGCCUGUAGCAUGCUGGGAUGCAGUACUACCAAGUUACUACCAAGUACAAAUGAUGUCUUAAAAUCUUCAAACA